AUGAGAUACCCAGAGGAAGUACCUGUACGUAUGUUUGAUGGCUCGGAAAGUAUCCGUGGUCCCAUAACAAAGUUUGUUGAAAUGGGGAUUCAUGUCUCAGAAGAGGAUGAAGUUCAGAUGAUUCGGUUAGACGUCACCAAGCCAUGUGACGCAGACGUGGUGAUAGGAUGGGAAUGGAUGAAGGAAGAAGGAGUGGUCCUGGAUGUGAGGGAAGAGGUAAUAAGGCUUCCAGGGAGGAAGAAAAAGGAGCGGGAAAAGUUGGAAGCGGGUUUUGGGUUCAAGGAAGGGGAAGUUCUUGGCCCAAGAGAUUCGGCUUUGGAGGACGAACUUAGUGAGGAAGAACAAGAGGAACUGCUGGAUUCUGCUCUGAUGCCUUUCAGGCAAGAGACCUGGAACUUUAUUAGAUUUGAGGCGAACGUAUGGUUUACGUCGUCAUGCGUACUUCUGCGUGCGGUCAACAGCGUAUUAUACGCAGCACGGCGAGAACAGAGCGCAGUUUGUUAUUGUACGGCAAACUAUUUUACGAAACUCGACUUAAUGGGGGCGUACCAAUUACUUCGAAUUGCUGAGGUGUCACGCCUGCGGGUAGACUGCGGUAGCAAAGAACUGCCUUGGGAACUGAGAGGGUUUAGUCUCUGGCUCGUGGACCUUGGUGACUGCCUUAGAUACUGA